AUGAAAGCCUUCGACAACGCAUUGAGUUGCACUCUGAAUUGCAAGACUGAUCUCGAAAUUCUCCCUUUCCACCCGAUUGCAAGAUCGCAGGCUUUGUCGACAAAUGUUGCCAUUAAUUCCCUGCCAGUCUUUAGCUCUUUCUUUUCUGUUUUUCCAGUUGAAGAAGAGAAGCCAGACUUCUGGAACCAGCAAGCCUCCAAGGCCAUCCAAAACGCCUUGAAACUUCAGCCGCGGCAUUACCAAGCAAAGAACCUCAUCCUUUUUCUAGGAGAUGGAAUGGGCCUUCCCACCAUCACUGCCACACGGAUCUUGAAAGGCCAGAUGCAGAACCACCUGGGUCCUGAAACGCCUCUGACUAUGGACAGCUUUCCUUAUGUGGCUCUUUCUAAGACGUACAACGUGGACCGGCAAGUGCCAGACAGUGCCGGCACAGCCACCGCUUACCUUUGUGGGGUGAAGAGCAACUAUCAAACCAUCGGACUGAAUGCAGCUGCACGGAAUAAGCAAUGCAACACAACAGCUGGCAAUGAAGUGAUUUCGGUGGUAAAGAGGGCCCAGCUGGCCGGUAAAUCUGUUGGGAUUGUGACCACCACCCGGGUCCAGCAUGCAUCGCCUGCUGGGACCUAUGCUCAUGUGGCGAACCGGAACUGGUACGCGGACUCCAGCAUGCCCGAGUCUGCCAUCAAGGAAGGCUGCAAUGAUAUCUCUGUACAACUUGUGGAAAAUGUGAACUUCACGGUGAUCUUGGGUGGAGGCAGGAUGUAUAUGUCCCCAGAAGGAACUCCGGACCCUGAAUACCCCUCCAACCCAAUUCAUGUUGGCAUCCGCAAGGAUAACCGUAGCCUCAUAACCGAGUGGCUUAAGGCUUCUCCAGGCUCCAAAUACGUCUGGAACAAAGCAGACCUUUUGGCAGCUGGGGAUGACCCGAAUGUGAGCCGUCUCAUGGGUCUCUUUGAACCCAAGGACAUGCAAUAUGAGCUGAAACGCAACAAUGACCCAUCUCUCAUAGAAAUGGUAGAAGUUGCAAUCAAGCUGCUCAAACGCAACCCCAAGGGUUUCUACCUUUUUGUUGAAGGAGGUAACAUCGACCUUGCACACCACAGUGGCCUCGCCAAGCGUGCUCUGACGGAGGCGGUAGUGUUUGACAAGGCCAUCCAGCGAGCAGGAGAACUGACAAAUGAAGACGAGACUCUGAGCGUGGUGACCGCCGACCACUCCCACGUCUUCAGCUUUGGUGGCUACACGUUGAGGGGCACCUCCAUCUUUGGUUUAGCCCCUGAACUAGCAGAUGACAACAAGACAUAUACAUCCAUUGUGUAUGGGAAUGGGCCAGGCUACCAGAUCACUGAGCAGGGACGUCCCAAUGUGGAUGCAGAAGAGAGUGAGGGCAACGAAUACCACCAACAAGCCACCGUCCCCCUUUCUUCGGAGACCCACGGAGGAGAAGACGUGGCUAUCUUGGCCAAGGGUCCAAUGGCGCAUCUCUUCCACGGAGUUCAGGAGCAGACAUACGUUGCCCAUCUCAUGGCCUAUGCUGCCUGCAUAAAACCAUAUGAGGACUGCGGCCUGCCACGUUUCAACUCCGCAAGUGUCGCCAAGUCCACACCUGUGGUUCUCCUCCUCAUGUCCUUGCUCUUUUGGGGUUGGUAGCCCUUUUCUGAACAAUAUUGAGACCAUUCUGUCAUCUGGAUAGUUCUUCCCUCUCCAAUGCCACAUGGAGUAUUGUUUCAGUCAGAGUUUGCUUACAAAGCUAAAUGUUCACUGAAAAAAUCUUCUGUUUUGUUCUCUAGCUGGGAAGGGUUUCCUUAUGUGCCAGAUUAGGAUUGUAGGCAUUGCGUCCUUCUCAUAUUUGGAGCAUUUCUUGGAAGUGAUGGGAGACGUUUUAAUCCAAAUGGCGUUUGUAGGCUGGGAAUGGAAUAGCAGAGUCUCCUCGAAGCUCUUGAGAAGGAGCACUCAAUGAAUGGAUUACACCCAUUUGCCCAUGCAGACAAAACAGUGCUGGCCUUUUAAUUCAAUAUAAUCAGCAGCAGAAAAAUACAAUGCAACAAUUUCUGUACAGAGAGCUACUUAAGCCCACAUAGUGCUACCUGGUAACCAGGAAUAUGUAUGUAUUCAGUCUGGGAGACAGGGAGCAAGAUGGCACAAAUCUCAGUGACCCUUUGUUUGUUUUCCAGUCCAGCAUUGCUGUGUGGUGACAGAUUAUGGGGAGGAUGUGGACUGGGCUGCAGCAUGCCACAAAUGGGAUUGGGGUCUCCAUUCAAUGCAUCUCACCACAUUUGAGCCAAAACAGCCAUGCAUUGAAUCCUUGGUAUCCGCUAGGGUUUGGUUCCAGGACUCCCUAUAGAUAAUGAAAAUCUAUGGAUGCUCAAGUGAUGUUUGGAAAUGGUGUCCCUUAUACAAAAUGACUAAAAUUAAGGUUUACUUUUUAGACUUUUAAAAAAUCCUAGAUGUAGGUGAUGAAUCUGUGGAUAUAGUGGUCUGACUCUGCUGCCUCUGCUCUUUAUAUCGAAAGCCUAGUAGACAGAUCUGGAAAUUGGGAAUACAGAUUGAGUAUCCCUUAUCGGAAAUGCUUAGAAACAGAAGUGCUUUGAAUUUUGGAAUAUUUUGUAUAUGCAUAGAGAUAUCUUGGAGAUGGGACGCAAGUCUAAAACUGAAAUUCGUUUACGUUCCAUAUAUAUAAACAGUAGAGUCUCACUUAUCCAACGUUCUGGAUUAUCCAACGCAUUUUUGUAGUCAAUGUUUUCAAUAUACUGUGAUAUUUUGGUGCUAAAUUCGUAAAUACUGUAAUUACUACAUAGCAUUAAUGUGUAAUGAACAACUUUUUCUGUCAAAUUUGUUGUAUAACAUGAUGUUUUGGUGCUUAAUUUGUAAAAUCAUAACCUAAUUUGAUGUUUAAUAGGCUUUUUCUUAAUCUCUCCAUAUUAUCCAACAUAUUGGCUUAUCCAACGUUCUGCUGGCCUGUUUAUGUUGGAUAAGUGAGACUCUACUGUACCUUCUUAUACAUAUAGCCUGAAAAUAAAUUUUAUACACAAUGUUUUAAUGAAACCAAGUUGAUGUACAACACUGAACUAUCAGAAAGCAAAAGUACGGUUAUCUCGGCCAUCCAUGUAAAUAGUUUGGGAAGAUUUCGCAUUUCACAUUUCCGCAUAAGGGAUCCUUAACGUGAAUUGAGUUUUGGGGGAAUUUGUCUGAAAGCAUUUUGUUUUUGGUCUGUCAAAACUUUGCCGUUUUCUCCAACUGCUGAAGACAUCAGCCUUCAGUGUUCAUCUCUGCAUCCAGUUUGGCACUAAGGUUCUCAAAAGGCACAUCUACAAUGCAGAAUGAAUGCAGUUUGGCACCACUUUAACAGACAUGGCUCAAUGCAAGAGAAUUGUGAUCACUGUAAUUUUGCACGGUCUUGAGCCUUCUUGCUCAAAGAAUGCUGAUGCCUCAGCAAACUACAGCUCCCAGGAUUUCAUUGCAUUGAGUCAUGGCAGGUAAAAGGAGAAGCCCUCAGUGGCGCAGUGGGUUAAACCCUUGUGCUGACAGGACUGAUGACUUGAAGGUUGGGUUGCUGACCUGAAGGUUGCCGGUUCGAAUCCAAUCUGGGGAGAGUGCGGAUGAGCUCCCUUUAUCAGCUCCAGCUUCCCAUGCGGGGACAUGAGAGGAGCCUCCCACAAGGAUAGUAAAAACAUCUGGGCAAUGUCCCCUGGGCAACGUCCUUGCAGAUGGCCAAUUCUCUACACCAGAAGCAACUUGCAGUUUCUCAAAAAGUGGCAGGUAAAGAGGUGUGAAACUGCAUAUAUUCUACACUCUAGAUGAAUCUUUCAACAGAAUAUUUGGUAUCGGAGGUAGAAAUAGCAUUAAAAAGCAGAGAUGUAUUUCUACACCACACCAAAUAAGAGGAGCACUUCAGCAAGUUUCAGCAAAUGUUUUAUCCAAAACUAUUCUAGUUGCAGCUGCUGUAUACCUUGCCUGUUAUAUAAAGGCACAUGAGGUUACAGUAGGAGCAUCUGAAGUAGAAAACCAUUAUUUCCCAGUUCAAGCCAUAUUGCAUUGUUUGCUGCGGAUAUGCUGCAGCAAUCAGACAUGAAAGAUCUGUGUUUCUCUAACUCUCCCAAAGCUGAUGCAGCUAAAAAACUUCCAGUUAGGGGAUAAGGAGGAAAAAGCAAAUGGAAAAAGACUUUACAAAAAGCAUAUCCUUUUUAACUGAGUUAUUCCUGCAAUAUUUUACUGGAAAUUGCUUUAUAUAUAAUGUGUUAUGUCCAAGCUCUAGCACUUUAAGACAUAGGGUGCAUCCACACUGUAGUAUUAAUGCAGUUUGACACCACUUUAAUAAUUGUGACUCAAUGCAAUGGAAUGAUGGGAGAGGCAGUUUACAAGAGCCUAUAGCCUUCUCUGCCAAAUAGUCCUGGUACCUCACCAAACUACAACUCCCACGAUCCCAUACUUUGAGCCAUGGAAGUUAAAGUGGUAUCAAACCGUAUUAAUUCUACAGUGAAGAUGCACCCACAAAGAGAUUUGUGUUUCCCUUUGUGAUAUGUUUACCUACAAAUGAUUGGAUCAUGGAAGGGACAAAACUCUGAAGCCAUAAGGAACAUUAAUUCCAAGGACUGCUGUCGGUAGGGUUUCAAAACCCAAAAUACAUUCAAUUUCCCCACAUAUAUACUGUCCAUCAGGGGAGAUAAAUUCAAGGCUUUGCAAUGAGAAAGGCCAGAAAAAGAAACCCAUAAGAUGAAUUGCUCUAUUUAUAAAUUGUUUGCUGAGCCUAGAGUCCAUCAGGAUAACAGUACUCUGAAAAACAAUUGAAACAUUGAGAGGACAAUAUUGCCAGCUGCAUCCCAAAACUCACAGAAUAGCCAGCAAGCUUUUGAGGAUUCUUGCUUCAUGCUGGAUGUUAUGUUUAAUAAAAUUACAAAAAGCAUUUCUCUUGUAGUGUUUGUAGUGAUGGUAGAAAACCAUUAAUAGGGGGAUCAUGGUUUCAUUACAGAAGCUUUUACAAAAGCAUUUCAUAAUUAGGAUAAACAUCUUGAUUCAUGAGAUAAUACAUUAGACUCUCAGUUAACUGACUCCCAUAGGGAUUGAUAGACACUUGAUAAAUGGUUGCUUGAGAGUUAUUUUUACACGUAGGCCUAAUUCUACACUCCACAAUAUAACAUUCUAUAAACUCUGUAUGGUCUUGAUAUUAAUACUAAAAUGCAGCAAUUAAAAGCAAAGUAAGGAAAAUAAAGGCGGACUAACUUAAAGUGACACAGCUUCGCUGUAUUAUACAAUCAACUUUGUAAAUGCAUUGUGCAUUAUUUUUUUAUUUUUGUCAGUUGCUUGAGAGUUCUGGUUGCUUGUGUUCUGGUUAACUGAGAGUCUACUGCAUAUAAUGAGAAAGGGAUUCUGAGAUGUGUGUGUACAGCAGGCACCAUUUUACACCUUAGCAAUGGACUCGGGAAGCAAGACCUGUCUGCAGCAUCUCUCAGUUUGUCCAUCUGUCUGUCCUUUCCAGCUUGGUGGAAGAGAUAUAGUUUUCCCUCUUUGCUCUCUGUCUGGCCAGAAAGCGAAAUGUAGCAGAAUGGAAGGCCCAGCGGGUUCUUUAUGGCACAAUGUGUGUGGGUUUAUGUUCGUGAGUAAAACGAAUGGGCAUUUCACCAAAUGGAGCAUUUGUGCGCUGGAUUCAUGGGCGAGUUCUUUGGACAAUGGAAGACCCUUCCAAACUCCUCAAAUUGCGAGACGCUGCCCAGGACUCUGCAAAAAGGGAGAAAGAAAGAGGGGUAAAGUGACACAGGAAUAGCAAAAUGGUCACAAGACUAUUGCGCCAAAUUGCUAUGUGUGUGUGUGUAAAGAAAUCCUUGCAAGGUUGUUUGCAGGAGAUCUCUGCAAAAGAGCUCAGCUUUGCAGAGAGAUAAGCCAUGCCUAAAACAACAAUGUAUCUGUUUGCUGGCAGAUGGCUUGGUUUGUCAGUUGGAAUUUGAGCUUGCUGGGAGAGCACAGAAAAAGACAGGCUCUCUAAUAGCUACGGUCAAGUAGCAGUUUUAAAUAUGCUAUGCUGUAUAUAUAUUAAAUGCUGAUUGAUUGGUUAUUGAUCCUAUGCAACUACAAGGACAUUGUAUGAUUGCUGAACUGUUUAUUUGACUUCAACUCAACAAGUAAAGUUUCCUUUUGUUCUUUUAA